AUGUCUGGAGGUAUUUCCGUGCGCGACGUCGAUGCGCAGAAGUUCAUCGCUGCCUACUCCGCUUUCUUGAAGCGUCAGGGAAAGCUCCCCAUCCCCGGCUGGGUUGACACCGUCAAGACCUCCGCCUCCAACGAGCUUCCCCCCCAGGAUGCUGACUGGUACUACGUGAGAGCCGCUGCCGUGGCCCGCCACAUCUACAUGCGCAAGACCGUCGGUGUUGGCCGUCUUCGCAAGGCUCACGGCUCCACCAAGAACCGUGGUGCCCGCCCCGCCCACCACGUCGAUGCCUCCGGCUCCGUUGACCGCAAGGUCAUGCAGUCCCUGGAGAAGAUCGGUGUCCUCGAGAUCGAUGAGGAGAAGGGUGGCCGCCGCAUUACCCAGAGCGGCCAGCGUGACUUGGACCGUAUCGCCAAGACCACCGUCGAUGAGGAGGAGGAGUCGGAUGACGAGUAA